AUGACAUGUCUUCGGGAAAAAUUAAACAAAGAGAUGGCUCUUUGGAAAAAAGAGAGGGAAGAAUUUCAGCUUUUACGUGAGAGAAGCGAUGCCCUCGCAUUCGAAGAGGCAACUGCAGCCGCACGAGCUGCAGCCGCAGCUUAUGCCAUCGAAUCACCACUUUCGAGUGAUUUAAAUAUCGUAGACAUCAUGUCGGAGCAGGGUAUUAGAGAGCUCGCAAUACUCGAAUACGAGAAAAAUCUCGCCAAGUAUCAAAACUCAUAUUCUUUUGAGCAAGUCGAGCAACGUUACAACUCGUACAGACGGACGCUUGUCGAUGCGUAUAAACAGCGGCUAUUGGAGGUUGAGCGCCUCUGCGACAAGGAAUUGGAGAGCAUAUGCCAAAACGCGAGUUGCUUGCAACCGUUUAAAGAGAUUGCAUCGCAAUGGUUCAUUGACAAGAACGAUUGCGGUGACUCGCAGGACAUUUAUAAUGAUCAAUCCGACAUAGAGCAAUCCAAAAUUGUCGAAGCAGGUGUCAACAAUGAUCGCGUAUACGGCAAAAUUAACAAUGAAGUCAAUAUGGUUCCAGAAAUUUUAUGCGCUCGAUUCCACCGAGAAGAAACGACAUAA